AUGGACUACUUCGCCUCAGAUAUAUUGGCAAUGGCGUGGUACAUAACCAUCUCGAAAAUCCGUAAUCAAUUUGCUCGUCAUCAUCGACUCGCCAUCUGCUUUAUGGCCCUUGUCUUUGCGAUGAUCGCCAAGCUACCGAUGUACUUCGAAGUAGAGGUUGUCCCGAAUGGUAACUGUACGGGUAUCACAUCCUUGACGGCCACCGUAAGCGAAUUCAGUGAGACGGAACCGUACAAGACAGCUUAUAAGUUCUGGUUCCGGAGCAUAAUCACAAUCAUUCUGCCUUUCGUCCUGUGUUUCUACCUCAACUUUGGCAUCAUUCGUUUACUUCGUGCUCAGCACCACGGGGCUAAACUCUUCCGUUUUGCCACUUCGGAACAUCGGGUAAGUGAAGUGUUCAUCUGGUCUGAGAAGAAGAAAGCUGUGUUCAGACUCUAG